AAAAGCCUUUACGGUUUAUGACAAGCUGUGCGACACAGGAUAUUUCUCGGUUUUAUUUUUUAGCAAUUUUAGUUACUUUACAUUAGCACGAAACACAGCAUGCGACGAGUAGUUGUUACGGGAUUGGGCAUCGUCUCACCUUUGGGAUGCUCUGUGGAAUCUGCGUGGAGGAAACUGCUUAAUGGCUGUGUGGGUAUACAGCGCUUAUCCAGUCCCGAGUACGCUAAUGUUCCCUGCAAAGUGGCCGCUCCCGUUCCGCGGGGAUCAACACCCGAUACGCUCAAUCCGGAAUCUGUUGCGUCGAAAUCCGAACUGCGAUAUCUGUCGCAUGCGAUGGUGUACGCACUGCACGCGGCCAAAGAUGCAGUAGAAGAUGCGCGAUGGCAGCCCGCGCAGGAUGCGGAGAAGGAGCGAACUGGUGUUUGUGUGGGAAUGGUUUCACUUUCACGACUUUCCGGGAUCGAUCGCGAGCUGAAAUUGAAAUGCUCUCCAGGAAUGAUUGAUCUCCAGGAAGUGUACGACACAGGCGAACAGCUGAAGCGUGGCUAUUCCCGCGUAUCACCGUUUUUUAUUCCUCGCAUAUUGCCUAAUCUUGCUGCCGGUCACAUUAGUAUGCGAUAUGGGUUUCAGGGCCCCAAUCAUUGCGCAAGCACAGCUUGCACAACCGGCCUCCACGGAAUCGGCGACGCUUUCCGAUUUAUCCGGCAUGGAGAUGCCGACGUGAUGGUGUGUGGCGGCACGGAAGCUGCAAUAAAUCCCCUGAGCAUUGUUGGAUUUGCUCGGAUGCGCGCUCUAUCCACUGCAUUCAACGAUGACCCGGCAUCUGCUUCACGUCCAUUCGAUAAACAGAGGGAUGGUUUCGUAAUGGGUGAAGGCGCUGGAAUACUUGUUCUGGAAGAAUUAUCCCACGCUCAGUCCCGUAAUGCCAAAAUAUACGCUGAAAUUCUCGGUUACGGUUUAUCAGCCGAUGCCAACCAUAUUACUAGUCCCGCGGAAUCUGGUCAAGGCGCUUUUCUGUGUAUGGAGCGCGCUCUAAAGGAAGCCCAGCUAGAACCGUCUUCCAUAUCCUACGUUAACUGUCACGCCACAUCGACGCCGCUUGGCGAUAAAGCGGAGAUGCGCGCGGUGCGUCGACUAUUUGGAAAGCAUGCGGAAGAUGGACAUAUGGCGAUAUCGUCGUGUAAAGGAGCCAUUGGGCAUUUAUUAGGAGCAGCGGGUGCCGUGGAGGCAAUUUUCACAGUCUUGGCUUGUCAGGAUGGCGUUAUUCCAGGAACGGCUAAUCUGCAGGCGGUUGAUGAAGAAACGGUGGGAUUGCGGCUGAUCGCGGGGAAAGGAUGUGCAUGGGAAAGAACGGGAAAACGGAGGAUAGCUCUGAAGAACUCGUUCGGUUUUGGCGGCACUAAUGCUAGUUUGUGUAUAUCCGAAAUGGUUUCGGGUUAAGCUAGUUAUUGCUGUCUGUCAAACUACUCCAUUCUCUUGUUCGAGUCAGUUUUGGAAAAAAAGGAUGUUCUGUAAGAAAAAAUGGGGGCGUUUGCUUAUAGGUCUUUUAUCUGUUUUAUUUGCAGAAUGUUUUUGUAUGCCAGAAGAUUUGUCUACUUCUGCAAGGAAUCGUUGCGCAAAACAGUUAUUUAGCA